CCCGCCUUCCCACCACCUUAGGGAUUUGGUACGUGAAGCGAGGUCGCCCUCUCAGUGAAAGGCAGAUGUCCCUUUAAGGUUUGCUUUGCUGCCGCCCGCGGACUUUAGCCUAAACACGGUCCCGCGAAGUUGGCUUUAUUUGUCCAUGUCUCGGACGGAGCCUGGGAGGCCUGCCAGUGAGAUUUCAGAGACCCAGCGCGCGAAGGGGCGGGGAUGUGGCAAUCCAUCUGGGAUGUAAAAAGCGUGGAGCAAGCCUAGAGGCAUUCGACCAAAACACAGGAAAUCACUCCGCCGCCGCUCCAGGGCGCUGCAGCCACUAGGGCCACCACCGGACACCGCGCGCGGAGACCGCCUGAGUGACCCAGAGCGCAAGGCGCCGGCGCCCGGGUCCUGCCAGCUCCUGCCCACGAACCAGCACGUCGCGGAAAGCUGCACCCGCUCCAGCCAUGGUCCCCAGGCGUCCUUCCAGCCCACAGGUCACUGUAGCCUGCGUCUGGUUCCUCACGGUUAUUCUAGACUUCUGCACGUCCUUCAACGUUGACGUGAAGAACUCAGUGAGCUUCAGCGGCCCAGUGGAGGACAUGUUUGGAUACACCGUUCAACAGUAUGAAAAUGAGGAAGGCAAAUGGGUGCUUAUUGGCUCUCCUUUAGUUGGCCAACCCCAAGCAAGAACCGGAGAUGUCUACAAGUGCCCGGUUGGCAGAGAGAGAUCGAUGCCUUGCAUGAAGUUGGAUUUACCAGUCAACACAUCGAUUCCCAAUGUCACAGAAAUAAAAGAAAACAUGACGUUUGGAUCAACUUUAGUCACCAACCCCAAUGGAGGAUUUCUGGCCUGUGGGCCCCUGUAUGCCUAUAGAUGUGGACAUUUGCAUUAUACAACUGGGAUCUGUUCUGAUGUCAGCCCUACUUUUCAAGUUGUCAACUCCUUUGCUCCUGUACAAGAGUGCAGCACACAGCUGGACGUGGUCAUCGUCCUGGAUGGCUCCAACAGCAUCUACCCUUGGGAAAGUGUCACAGCCUUUUUAAACGACCUGCUCAAAAGGAUGGACAUUGGCCCUAAGCAGACACAGGUGGGGAUUGUACAGUAUGGAGAAAAUGUCACCCACGAGUUCAACCUCAAUAAGUAUUCAUCGACUGAAGAGGUCCUUGUUGCAGCCAACAAAAUAGGCCGGAGAGGUGGUCUCCAAACGAUGACAGCCCUUGGAAUAGACACGGCUAGGAAAGAAGCAUUCACUGAAGCUCGGGGUGCCAGGAGGGGAGUUAAAAAAGUCAUGGUCAUUGUGACCGAUGGAGAAUCGCAUGACAACCAUAAACUGAAAGAGGUCAUCCAAGGCUGUGAGGAUGAAAACAUCCAGCGAUUCGCCAUAGCUAUCCUUGGCCACUAUCACAGAGAGAAGUUGAGCACUGAAAAAUUUUUGGAGGAAAUAAAAUCAAUCGCAAGUGAGCCGACCGAAAAGCACUUUUUCAAUGUCUCUGAUGAGGUGGCCUUGGUCACUAUUGUGAAAGCUCUCGGAGAACGGAUAUUUGCCUUGGAAGCGACAGCUGACCAGUCAGCAGCUUCAUUUGAAAUGGAAAUGUCCCAGACCGGCUUCAGUGCUCAUUAUUCACAGGACUGGGUCAUGCUUGGAGCAGUGGGAGCCUAUGACUGGAAUGGAACUGUGGUCAUGCAGAAGGCUAGCCAGAUUGUCAUCCCUCGGAACACCACCUUUCAAACCGAGCCCACCAACAUGAAUGAACCUCUUGCUUCUUAUUUAGGGUACACAGUGAACUCUGCCACUGUCCCCGGAGAGGUGCUCUAUGUCGCUGGCCAGCCUCGGUACAACCAUACAGGCCAGGUUGUCAUCUACAAGAUGGAGAAGGGGAACAUCAGCAUUCUGCAGAUGCUCAGAGGAGAGCAGAUCGGUUCCUACUUUGGCAGUGUCCUAACAACAAUUGACAUUGACAAAGAUUCUUACACCGACCUGCUUCUCGUCGGGGCCCCGAUGUACAUGGGAGCAGAGAAAGAGGAACAGGGCAAGGUGUACGUGUAUGCCGUGAAUCAGACAAGGUUUGAGUAUCAAAUGAGCCUGGAGCCAGUGGUGCAGACCUGCUGCUCAUCUCUGAAGCAUAACUCUUGCACAAAAGAAAACAAGAACGAGCCCUGUGGCGCCCGUUUUGGAACAGCAAUUGCUGCUGUGAAAGACCUCAACGUGGAUGGAUUUAACGACGUCGUGAUUGGGGCUCCGCUGGAGGAUGACCACGCCGGAGCUGUGUACGUUUACCAUGGCAGCGGCAAGACCAUAAGGAAAGAGCACGCACAGCGUAUUGCGUCAGGGGGCGACGGCAAGACACUCAAGUUUUUUGGCCAGUCUAUCCACGGAGAGAUGGAUUUGAACGGCGAUGGCCUGACUGAUGUGACCAUUGGAGGCCUUGGUGGAGCUGCCCUCUUCUGGGCCAGAGAUGUGGCUGUGGUUAAAGCGACCAUGAAUUUUGAGCCCAAUAAAGUGAAUAUUCAAAAGAAAAACUGCCGCAUGGAGGGAAAAGAAACAGUAUGCAUAAAUGCUACAAUAUGCUUUCAUGCGAAGCUGAAAUCUAAAGAAGACACCGUUUACGAGGCUGAUCUGCAGUACCGUGUAACCCUUGAUUCACUGAGGCAGAUAUCACGGAGCUUUUUCUCUGGAACUCAGGAAAGAAAGAUUCAAAGAAACAUCAUGGUCCGAGAGUCAGAAUGCACCAGGCACUCCUUCUACAUGUUGGAUAAGCAUGACUUUCAGGACUCCGUGAGAGUGACUCUGGACUUUAAUCUCACUGAUCCAGAAAAUGGGCCUGUGCUUGAUGACGCUCUGCCAAACUCAGUCCACGAACAUAUUCCUUUUGCCAAAGACUGUGGAAACAAGGAAAAGUGCAGCUCAGACCUCACCCUGGAUGUGUCCACCACAGAGCAGAGCCUGCUCAUCGUCAGGUCCCAGAAUGACAAGCUCAAUGUCAGCCUCACGGUCCGAAACAAAAGAGACAGUGCCUACAACACCAGGGCACUAGUGCAGCACUCCUCAAACCUGAUUUUUUCCGGAAUUGAGGGGAUCCAGAAAGAUAGCUGUGAAUCCAACCACAAUAUCACAUGCAGAGUUGGAUAUCCUUUCCUGAGGACGGGAGGAAUGGUUGCCUUCAAGAUAAUAUUCCAGUUUAAUACAUCCCAUCUCACAGAAAACGCAGUCAUUCAUUUAACUGCAAUAAGUGACAGUGAAGAACCACCGGAAUCUCUUCACGAUAAUGAAGUAAAUAUUUCCAUCCCAGUAAAAUAUGAAGUCGGACUACAGUUUUACAGUUCUGCGAGUGAACACCACAUUUCAAUUGCGGCCAAUGAGACCAUCCCUGAGCUUAUUAACUCCACUGAUGAUGUAGGAAAUGAAAUUAAUGUCUUCUACAUGAUUAGAAAAAGGGGGCAGUUCCCAAUGCCUGCACUUCAGCUGUCAAUUUCCUUUCCUAAUUUGACAUCAGAUGGUUAUCCCGUACUGUACCCAACUAGAUGGUCGUCUUCUGACAAUGUGAACUGCAAACCUCAGAGCCUUGAGGAUCCUUUUGGUAUCAACUCUGGGAAGAAAAUGACAAUAUCCAAGUCUGUGGAUCUCAAGAGAGGCACGAUCCAGGACUGCGGUACCUGUAAACUUGCCACCAUCACGUGUAAUCUCGUUCCUUCUGAUGUGAGCCAAGUGAAUGUGUCACUCAUCUUGUGGAAACCGACUUUCAUAAAAGCACAUUUUUCCAGCUUAAAUCUUACUAUACGGGGAGAACUUCAGAGUGAAAACUCAUCGCUGACUUUAAGUAGCAGCAACCGGAAACGAGAGCUGGCUAUUCAGAUAUCCAAGGACGGGCUCCCAGGCCGAGUCCCGCUGUGGGUCAUCCUGCUGAGCGCCUUCGCUGGCCUGUUGCUGUUAAUGCUGCUCAUAUUAGCCUUGUGGAAGCAAAACGCAGAUGUUUCUUGCCUGGUUACCGUGCUGUGCAGCCGCAGCGCACACCUGCCCGGCAGCCCUGCUCCUGGCUCCACGCCUCUGGGAAUGAAGUUCAACUGA